UCAUAUCGUAUAGUAUCGUCGUCUUCGUCUUCGGUUAUGCGGCGAAGCCAUGGAUGUCUGGGAGAGAGAUGUGGUGCCAAAGGUGAUGAAGAUUGUCAGCACCAGACUUCCUCAGAGGGACCUGAUUUCUCUUCUGCUUGUCAGCUCUUCGGUUCAUCGCAAUCUGCUUUCUCACCCUUCCCUAUGGCUGGUUCUUGAUUUUCAUGAGAUGCAUAAUGCAGGAAAUCGCCUUGUGGCAGCUCUUUCACUGUCGCGGUACCAGAAUGUGAAGCAUAUAAACCUUGAGUUCUCCCAUGAUAUUGAAGACAGACAUCUUGAAGUUUUGAAAAGCAAGUGUGGAAAGUCACUUAAAAAUCUUGAGGUUCUCAAUUUGAAUGGCUGCCAGAAGAUAUCUGAUGUGGGAAUUGAAUUUAUAACAUCCAAUUGCCCAAAGCUAAAGAUUUUUUCUAUCUAUUGGAACAUUAGGGUUUCAGACCUCAGUAUCAAGAGCUUGGUGAAGAAUUGCAAACUUAUUAUCGACUUGAAUCUAAGUGGUUGUAAGAAUAUCACCGAUGAGAGCUUAAUCUUGAUUGCGGAACAUUUUCAUGGAUUGCAACAUUUGAACUUGACAAGAUGCAUCAAGCUUACUGAUAGUGGUUUGCAAACAAUAUUGUGCAAGUGCUCCUCCAUUCAGAGCCUGAAUCUUUAUGCUCUUUCCAGUUUUACAGAUGUAGCUUACAAGAAGUUGUCCCUUCUGAUUAACCUUCAAUUUUUAGACCUCUGUGGUGCUCAGAAUCUUUCAGACAAUGGACUUUCCUGUAUAGCCAAUUGCAGGAAUUUGACUUCUCUCAAUUUGACAUGGUGCGUGCGAAUCACUGAUCAAGGAGUGAUUGCUAUUGCGGAAGGGUGUAGGUCACUUGAAUUUUUAAGUUUGUUUGGAAUAGUCGGGGUUACAGACAAGAGCUUGGAGGCCCUUUCAAGGUUCUGUUGUAGAACAAUUACCACCCUUGAUGUCAAUGGUUGUAUAGGAAUACAGAGACGAAGCCGCGAUCAACUACUUCAGCUGUUCCCAAAACUCAAGUGCUUUAAAGUCCACAGCUGAGGAAGGCAUUUAAAUUUUGUUGAAUUUUAAGGCACCUAAGGUGUUACAGAUUUUAUUGUAUUGUAGUGAGGACUAACUACACUGCUACAUAAUGGUUUAAGAUAUCUUUCUGGUUUUUACAAUUAGAAAGGCAAAUAAUACACUAUUUCUCAGACAA